AUGCUGAAGUUGGUGGUGUUGUCCGCAGUUCUGGCCGUCGUUGCCGCCCGUCCCGGUGCCCUCACGUACUCGUACGCGCCCGCCGCUUACAUCGCGAAACCGGAGAUCUACUACCAGAAGAGCAUCAUCGAGGAACCGACGGUGGCGCACGUUGGCAGCCUGGUCAAGACCAUCCCGACAGCCGUCUCGCACCAGAGCUCGACCGUCGUGCACAACUCGGCCAAGAUCACCGAGCCGAUCUACGCACCGGCCGUCAAGCAGACGCUCGUCUCGACCCCGGUGGCCAAGACGACGUACUAUGCUGCCCCGGCUGCCUACGCCUACGCCGCACCGGCUCUGGCCUAUCACGACGCGUAUGCUUACCAUCAUCUGUAA